AUGUUAAGUAUUUCAGAAAUUGAGCAGUUUGACAUAGAAGAACUUGCGAGAAGUCAUUACAAAAAUGGUAAAAACAUGAACGCCUUCUUUUUAUAUAGACAAGAAUAUACGAAACGUGCAAGAGCAAGCGGAGUGAAGCAAAAAAUGACGAGCAUAUCGAAGCUAGCUGCUGAAUCCUGGAGAAAGGAACCCCCGAAGAUUAGGAGGGCUCUCGCAAAAGUUUCAAAACAAGUAGAUGAGCUUUUACAGAGAAGAAGGCAAAUUGCGAAAACAUACCCGAUUGUAUAUGACCCCAAUAUGGAAAAAUUACAGCAAAUUCCACAAGAAGCAGAAUCUGUACCUUAUCAACAUGUUCCUUUAAUACAAUAUGUCCCUAUUUUAUAUUAUCCUACAUUGCAACAUAACGAAUAUAUUUAUUCAUUGAGUGUUGAUGAUAUUACUUUUCUUUAUUGGGCUCAAUUUAUGGGUUUUAAUUACUUUCCUUAG